AUGUCGCGACCAACCGAGGGUGAGCGACGCCGCAUCCGAGACAUCCUUCCUCAGCUCUAUCUGGGUAGAUGGCUACCGGGCGUUCUCAACUCGAUUACCGAUGUUCCUGGAGUCUUGGUCCAUACACAAUCGAUCGAGCCUGACAAUGACGUCCAUACCGGGGUCACCACCAUUCUGCCGCGGAAAGACUGGCAUAAGUACUCGAGUCUCGCUGGUAUGUUCCGGUUCAAUGGCUGUGGUGAGAUGACAGGCGCGCAUUGGCUCAAUGAGACUGGCCUGCUUAGCUCGCCCAUUGUUAUUACUGCGACAUCCUCGGUCGGCGAGGGAUAUCGCGGUGUCACCGAAUACAACUACCGGAAUCACCGCAACGAUGAUGCGGAAAUCGACGGUUUCAUGUUCCCGCUUGUUGCAGAAACCUAUGACGGCUACCUAAGUGAUCCAGCGAGAUUUACCGUCACCCCAGACCAUGUGAUGGAAGGCAUCAAGAACGCGACGGCCGAUGCUGUCCCUGAGGGCAACACUGGCGGCGGUACAGGGAUGAUUUGCCAUCGCGUCAAGGGCGGAACCGGGUCCAGUAGCCGCAUCAUCAAGGGCUAUGAUCUUGAAGGGCGGGAUGUUGACUACACUGUGGGUGUCCUAGUCCAAGCCAACUACGGCGCCUUGGAAUCUCUUCGCAUAGGUGGCGUGCCGGUUGGGCAGAUUCUGAUUCGGGAAGGAAAAGCCCCUGUGACGAGUGCCGACAGUGGCUUGGCUAAAGAGCCUCGCAAGGAUGGCAGCAUCAUUGUCGUAAUCGCCACAGACGUUCCUCUCAUUCCAAUUCAACUCCAAAGGCUCGCGACUCGUGCAACGGUCGGCUUGGCGAAGGUGGGCGGAUACGGGAGCAAUACCUCGGGAGAUAUCUUCCUUGCCUUCUCAACUGCCAAUGAGGUGCCGCUGGAGGUAUUGUCGCUGACCACGGAAUCAUCGUACAGGCCUCGUCCUAGAGCUGUCACGAUGUCGGACAACGAUACAAUUGACGGUGUUUUUGAGGCGGUGGCUGACGCAACGGAAGAGGCCAUUUACAAUGCCAUGUGCAUGGCAAAAUCCAUAACGGGAUUCAAGGGAAGGCGGGUCGAGGCACUAGACCUCAACGCUGUAAAGGCAAUUGUUGAGAAAAGGGUCUAA